AUGAGUCCACGCCAAGAGAAAGUUGUACGAAUUCUCCAGGACAUCUCUUCAUUCUUCGGAGUACCAGGCACGAACGCAACCUUCGACUAUGUCAUCACCGGUGGAGGUACCGCUGGUCUCGCUCUCGGCGUGCGGUUGGCAGCUGCCAACUUUUCUGUGGCAGUGAUUGAAGCAGGCGGCUUCUACGAGACCGAUAACUCCAACUUGAGCGUGGGGGCAACUGAUCGAACAUUGCUCUAUGCUCGAGGCAAGGUCCUCGGUGGCUCAUCUGCUAGAAACAACCUCGUGUACCACAGGCCCACCAUAGGCAGUUUGCAGAAAUGGGCAGACGAAGUAGGAGAACAAAGCUGGAACUGGGAGAACCACCUACCUGAUUACAAGAAAGCGGUCAACUUCACCGCCCCGAACGAGUCUCUAUACGGGAACGCCACGAAUCUUUACGAUGCAAGCGCCUUUGAUUCGGCUGGAGGUCCUGUGCACGUCUCAUAUUCCAACUUUGUCGAUCCUUUUGCGCCCUGGGCCAGACAGGCAUACAUAGCAGCGGGCUUGGCUCCUAUAGCAGGUCUCAGCAGCGGCCAUCUUCUCGGAUCGUCUUACUCUGGACUGUUAAUCGAUCCGACUACGGGACGAAGAUCGUCCUCAGAAGCAUCGUACCUGCAGUCGGCUUUGAACGCUCGUACCGCUCCAUCUAUUUACAAGAACACAUUAGCAACCGAGAUCGUGUUUGAUGGAAACAAGGCUAUUGGCGUCGCCGCUCUGACUGCAGGAACGUAUGGCACCCCAUCGGUAAACUUCACACUGUCUGCCAGGAACGAGGUCAUCGUAUCCGCUGGAGCUCUACAAUCCCCGCAACUACCCAUGGUCUCCGGCAUUGGGAAUUGCAGUGAGUUGGCAGCAUUCAACAUCACCUGCAAAGUGAACUUGCCCGGUGUGGGUAAGAAUCUGUGGGAACACAUUGACUUUGGGAUAUCUCAUGCCGUCAACUUCCAAGUCGCAGGUUCUGCGGCCAGCAACGCUUCACUCGCCAACGACAUCCUCAACUCAUAUCUCAGCUCCGCCAGCGGGCCAGAUGCUAUCGAAGGGACCGGAUACAUUGGGUGGGAGAAGCUACCGCAAGCCAAUCGUCAGCAGCUGAGCAACAACACUGGUGCCUUGUUGAGCUCCACAUUCCCGUCUGACUGGCCGGAGAUCGAAUAUCUUCCUCAUACAGAGUAUUCUAAUGGAACCAGCUAUGGGGUUAUCAAUUGUGCUCUGGUAGCUCCUCUAUCACGAGGGACAGUCUCACUCGCCAGCCCCUUUUGCCUGGGAACUGCCAACAGACAGGUAGCAGUAGAGGCGUUCAAACGACUGCGGACAAUCUGGCAAGGCCUCGUCAACACUGGCGUUGCAAGUCCAGUUGAAGCUUCGCCGGGGUCUACUGUUCAGACUGACGCUCAAAUCUUACAAUUCGUACAAGAGAACCUUGCACCUGUGUGGCACGCGUCUGGGACUUGCAAGAUGGGUCAAAGGAAUGAUAGCAUGGCAGUAGUGGACAGCAACGGGGCUGUAUUUGGGAGUUCUGGACUGAGAGUUGUUGAUGCGUCGGCGUUCCCUUUCUUGCCGCCCGGGCAUCCGACCAGCACUGUCUAUGCUUUCGCAAAGAAGAUUGCCGAUGUGAUCAUUCAAGGCAGGAAUGAAACGAAUUGA